GUGGACUAAUUUCUCUGACAAGUGGACGAAGCGCGAGCUGACAGCUAAGUUAAAAGACUUGCUUUUUCUUGGGUUGCGCACCAGCUCUAGGCGCCACAACGCACUGCAACCUGAGAUCUGUCGAGCCAAAGUGUGCCAAAAGCAAAGAGCAGGCAAUUAUCAGAGGUCAGAUAUUGAGAGCAGGUCUCGCCGCCAUCGCUGCUCCCUUGCACCGGAAAAAAAAAUACCUCGCCGUCGAUCCACAGAGCGCUUCUUUCGCCUGAGCUGAGAGCUUUGUUCACCUGUUCGUUCAGCAUGCACUCGCGCAACCACAGGAUUGUCGACGAUGAAUAAGGACACGCUCAAUGGCUUCUCCAGCCAAUUCGGUGCCCGACACACAGCUUGGUCUGACAAACGACGAGAUCCGCGCUCUUCGAUACCACCAGCAAGUCGCGCUGUCCCAAACGGGGUCCUCGCGAGCUGCCAGCCAAGCGAGCAGUGCCGGACGCUUGCUGUUGGAUCCGAGCAGUCUGACGGCUCUGUCGGCCUACUUUGACCGAUUGAUGUACUCGAUACAGCAAAGAUGGCAAUCUCUGUACUCGCAGACCCAGAACGCGACUGGAGCUCAGUACGAUCGCGCCGGUCGCUUAAUCGAGGAUGCUGAUGCUGCAAUCGAGCGCUUCGAAGAGAUCCUGCGACAGAUCGAGGAGCUACAAAAUGAGUUUGAAAAAGUGCGACGUAUAGGUGAAAUUGUCAAGCAGUACCGAGCAAGAGUGGAGGCCCUUGACAGGAGAAUAUGAAACAAGCAAGUAGGCAAGAGUAGACAGGCUUCUCUGGGACCGAUUCGCACUGGUCAACCGUAUUUCGUUGACUACGUGCGCUCUCUCCACAUACGCACAGCCUCUAAUUACCACGAUUUUACACAUAUGGGGACAUGAAUCGGGUCUGGACCCGAGGGGAUUAGAAAGAUUGAAAGCCUCGCGGCAAAAUUUAUAUUGUACAAUUGCUCGGCGACAAAGCCGAGCAACAAAGAAGGAACGCCUCACGGCAAGGUUGGCUAUAUACCCCGUUCAGUGACUGUGGUAGUAUCGAGUUUUAAUCGACUGUAUGUGGGAGUACAAUCCGGCGUUGGGAGGUCUGCUAUGCUAACGAAACCAUUGUUUGACGGUGUUUUGAAUUUGUUGCAUAUACGCUAGUUGCUGUAUAGUUUGGUAUAACAAGCGUGAGCUGAGGUGGUCCCCAUUCGUGAGAAUCUUUGCUCCGCCAUUUUACUAUUCGUUAAAUCAUUACCAAAUAUUAUGUACAAGUCAAUCAAUCAUACACAGCGAAGUAUCG